AUAUUAAUAUUAAUAUCAAUAACAAUUAUUAUUUUUAUUAUUACAAUUAUUGUAAUAAUAUUAGCAACUUUAUUAUCAAAAAAAUCAUUAUUAGAUCGAGAAAAAUGUUCACCAUUUGAAUGUGGAUUUGAUCCAAUAAAUUCAUCUCGCCUUCCUUUUUCAUUACGAUUUUUUUUAAUUGCAAUUAUUUUUUUAAUUUUUGACGUCGAAAUUGCUUUAUUAUUACCUAUAAUUUUAAUUAUUAAAUCAUCAAAUUUAAUAAAUUGAACAAUUACUAGUUUAUUUUUUAUUUUUAUUUUAUUAAUUGGACUUUACCACGAAUGAAAUCAAGGAGCUUUAGAGUGAAAUACAUAA